GUACUUCAGUCGCUCACAGGAGCAAACGGAGGCGGACAGAAGAAGUAAAGUCAGGUAGAGGAGAACACCUGCCGGGACAGAGAAGCACAGAGGAAGAGGAGGAAGGAGAGGCUGACUGAGGCUGUCCUCUCCUUCUUCAUGUCUGCUGCUGGAAGCUCUUAGAUGUUGAACUUGAUGGGUGUUUCUAACGCCUCCAACCCCAAUGUCUCCUGCAGCUGCAACUGCCAGCCCUACCCGUCCAUCCAGAACAUGGAGAUCACCCAGCUGGAGUUCAUCCAGAUCUUGGUGAUCGUGGUGUUCAUGAUGGUCAUGGUGGUGGUCAUCACCUGUCUUCUUAACCACUACCGCCUGUCAGCACGCUCCCUGCUGUCCAGACACUCCCCUACCCGCAGGAGGCACCUGCCACUGGCCAGCGAGGGCCUGUGGUCUGCCGACGGCUCGGGGAGCAGCAGUGGUCUGAAUGAGCAGCAGGUAUUCAACCCGCCUCCCGCAGACAGAGGAGUCAUGUCCUACCUGCAGCGAGAGCCGCAGCGCUUCCAGCUGCCGUACGGGCCCAGCCGCUUCCAGCCCACGUAUCCCUACCUGCCCCAGAGCCUCAUCGACCUCCCCCCCACCAUAUCCCUGUCAGACGGAGAGGAGCCGCCGCCUUACCAGGGUUUGUGUGCUCUGCAGCUAAGAGACCCAGAGCAGCAGAUGGAGCUAAACCGCGAGUCGGUUCGACCUCCACCCAACAGAACCGUGUUCGAUUCCCACGCCCUGGACCCAUCCAAUGCCCACCUGCAGACCAGGCUGCAGGCCCCUCCCCCGAGCGCUUAUUCUGGUAUCAGUGUCCUGGAGGCCCAGGAGGCCUUGACCCGGCAGCAGAAACAGAACCCUGGAGUGGAAGGAACUCCCCCGACCUACAGUGAGGCUAUCGGGCAUUUUUUCCACCCAGCGAUGGUGAACUCCAUCCAGAGCCGUGGGGCCGUGCCGCCGCUGCAGGGGGCGCCGUCCUCCAUCAUCCACGGCCUGCUCAGGCCGCAGGGGAGGGUGGAGAACAGGAACAGCAAGGAAAAAUCCCACAAACCUCAGCAGGUGUGACUGGACCUUCUCCAUCAGCUCAGCCAACGCUGAUGUUUGGUCAGACUGUAAACGCUGAAGCUUCACUGCUCCUGUGUUUCUCUUUGGGGAGAACAUCUGGAAACCUCCGAGCUUCCCCUCAUCUCCUGCUUCAGGUAUGAUGAGCACUUCAGAUGAACAAGGAGAAGAUGAAGGUGGAUGAAAGCCUCCUCCUCACGUUCCACAUCCUUCCUCCAUCGUCUUUGUUCUCAGUGUUUAGCUGUUCUGUUUGUUUCUGGAGAACGGAUAAUUUCCAAUCCUGCAAAACGCUUCAAUCGUCUUUGCUUCUGCAGGAUUUUUUCAUUUCCUUUUGAUAAUCCUCUGUUGCUGCUCCUACAACGGUUUUGCUCCUGCUCCGAGCUUGGCCUCGCCAGCGGGGCGUGAAAGCACAUAUUCCCAGUGUAGAUUUAGCCGAUGUGGUUGUAACGUAGCUCAGCAGGUGUAGCACCGUGCUAAACGUCCUCAGGCCUGAAGCUCCGCCUUACAAAGACCAACUCCUGCAGGAGAUUCACGCAUCCUGGUUUCAAUUUGAUGUCUUCUGAAGACGUUUGCACAAAGUCCAACUGUCAUCUGCAGAGGAAAACGAUCUGCAGCUGAGAAUGGAGGGAUCUCUUUGAAAACUUGAUGCAUUCAUUUAUUUAAAAAAAGAGUCGUGAGAAACACGCCAGGGUGCCAACAUGGAGACGAACACAUUUCUUCAUGACUUAUGGGGUAUAUAUACACACGUAUGCAAAACGAGAGCAGAAAAGCACGAAGUUAAGAGUUAUUUAUAUAUUUGCUGAAAAGAAUUGCACUAUUUUGUUUAGAAUGAUGGGUCAUUAGAGAGGGACUCUUAUUGGGAAGGAGCUCUCUGUUUGGGUUAAAGAGGAGAAGCGGCGGCGUUUUAGGAGCAGCUCUGUGCACAGCAGCAAACAUCAGUCGAUGGGAAGAUCUGACUUUGGUCCAAAGGACUCAGACGACGUUUCUGCACCAUAGAAAAAAAAGAAUCUCCAGUUUAUGCAAACGUCUGAGUCCAGCGGGCCGAUCAGAGGUCAGCAACCCUGUGGGUCCAAUCAGAAACUCUGGAUCUCUCUCCGUCUCUCAUCCCUGUCGGCCGAAUCAUUAGCAAUCCAAAGCUGCUACUACCUCGACCAGUCGAUGAAGCACACACGUUCCUCCAGCCGAAUCACUCUGCAGCGUCUAACGGGCGUCUGAGCCAAUCCAGAUCAUGUGGAACGUAGAAGUAGAGUAGAAUUAGGUGUUUUCUAUCUUUUAUUUGUUCAUUAGCAGAGAGACGGCGAAUUGUCCUCGUUGUGGAGCGUAACUCAGGAAGAAAGCCUGUUACCCAGCAGGUCCCUGAUCGUCCGAUGGUUGGCUGUGCACAGGGCAGACCUAGCGCCGCUAGAAACCCAAACUUCUCCUCUUUCAGUGGGCAUCUCUGAGCACUUUACUGCAGCAGAACCGAGUCCACAAUCCUGAGUGGGCCAAACAAUCCUGAGUGGGCCAGUGGCAGCCAAGCAGAGACCUUAGAGCUGCUUUCCUCCUGCUUCAGUGUUUCAUGACGUUUCUAAAUCAGUGGUGUUCUGCCUAAACCAGGUUCUGAUGUUUAGCAGAACCGACCACAAGUAUUUCCUGAUAUGCUUUAGUUUCUGCUUUGUCUUUGUUUUUUUAACUCAAGAUGGGCUGUUGAAACUAGACACACCUGAGUGUUAAAAAUGGACACGAGUGUUAACAGCAGCCUGUCCCGUCAAAAUAAAAGCAGAAGACGAUGAUCUGACCUGAAGCCGGAGAUGAGAUAUGGGUAUACCGGUCAGACCGGUAUACCCAGAGUCAGUACCCUUUAGUUUUGUACUAAAAAUAAACUAAACUACCUCAACAUCAUGUCAUGUACAAAAAAAAACAAUGUAAUUACAUACUUUUUUGAAGCGUAUGGCGAUUUCACCUUAAAUUGUUGCUUUUUAUGUACAUGACCAAAGGGAUCCACGCCAGUUGAGGUAGUGUAAAGUCUAUUUUUCAUACAAAACUAAAGAGAUAAACGCAAUUCUGACAUCACACCAGAUCGGGAUCGUUCAGAUGUAUGCUAGCGUCCUGAAGAGUCCGUAUUUCAUCUCCACUUUGGUUCCUCCUGGAGGUCAGAGAGAGAUGUGGACACAUCUGGAAACAGCUGGGUUCUAGAAGCUCUGGUUCAGAAGCUUCAGUUCUUUAAUCACUAAAGUAAAAGUUGUUCAGGAGAAACACCUUUUUAGAAGGCUUUCUUUUAUGUUCAGAUGGAGAAAAUACACUUUUUGGUGGAUGGUGAAACCUACUGAAGGUUCUUAACUCUUCAUCAUCAUUUAAAAGCUGGGAUCCAUCCUUUAACCCUUUAUAGGGCACUCCGUGAAAUACUUUGAAAAUAUAAAUUUUAGGACCUUAUUACCUUUGUAACAUUAAAAAAAAAAUAUGGAUAUUUUGAUGGCAAAAAUUAACGGCAAUGGAAUAACAAGAAAUGCCAACUUGCACGAUUAUAUCAAGAAAAAUAACAAAAGUGUUUCUAUAAGAAAUUCAUGAAAAAUACUUUGAGAGUG